ACUCUUUGACAUUCCCCUCAAUUUCAGGCGCCGAGUCCGUCGCACGUAAAGCGACUCUUCCAGACUGCACGCUGAUGAAGAGAUUUGAAAAUGAAAGGUCUAUCGUUUUUUACACUCAUAGCGUUGCUAUGGCAAUGCAGCCGAGCGCAGCAAAGGGGUCUGUUCCCAGCGGUGCUGAACCUGGCCUCUAUGGCAGAUAUCAGCACCAACGCUACCUGUGGAGAGACAGGACCAGAGAUGUACUGCAAACUGGUGGAGCACGUCCCCGGACAGCAAGUCAGGAACACCCAGUGCCGUAUCUGUAACGACAACAGCGAGAGGCAAUUUGAGCGCCACCCGAUUGAAUAUGCCAUCGAUGGAACUAACAGAUGGUGGCAGAGCCCCAGCAUUAAGAACGGCAUGGACUACCAUUACGUCACAGUCACUCUGGACUUACAGCAGGUGUUCCAGAUAGCAUAUAUGAUUCUGAAGGCUGCCAACUCCCCCAGGCCAGGUAACUGGGUGCUGGAGCGUUCCCUGGAUGGGGUGACAUUUACCCCCUGGCAGUACUAUGCCAUCACAGACACAGAGUGCCUCACUCGCUUCAACAUCCUUCCCCGCACCGGACCGCCAUCCUACACACGCGACGACGAGGUCAUCUGCACCUCUUUCUACUCCAAAAUCCAACCCCUGGAGAAUGGAGAGAUCCACACUUCUCUGAUCAAUGGAAGGCCAAGCGCUGAUGACCCCUCCCCGACCUUACUGAACUUCACCUCCGCACGCUACAUCCGCCUGCAGUUCCAACGAAUCAGAACCCUCAACGCUGACCUCAUGACCCUGGCCUUCAACGACCCCCGCGAUGUUGACCCCAUCGUGACCCGGCGGUAUUACUACUCUAUCAAAGACAUCUCAGUUGGAGGGAUGUGUAUCUGCUAUGGCCAUGCUAAAGCGUGUCCUCUGAACAACCAGACCAAGAAAUUCAGCUGUGAGUGUGAACACAACACGUGUGGGGAGAGCUGUGACCGCUGUUGCCCUGGAUACAACCAGAAACCCUGGAUGGCUGGGACCUUCCUCACUCGCCACGUCUGUGAGAAGUGUAACUGCCAUGGGAAAUCUGAGGAGUGUUACUUCAACCAGACAGUGGCAGGCAACAAACAGAGCCUGAACUCCCAGGGGGAGUACGUGGGGGGAGGGGUGUGUGUAGGGUGCACCAGGAACACAGCUGGAGUCAACUGCCAGACCUGUGCUGAUAGCUACUACAGAGCCAUUGGGUUGAGUCCAGAGGACUCCGACCCGUGUCAGCCCUGCUCCUGUGACCCAGAAGGUUCUCUGUCCCCAGCAUGCGUUCCAGACCAGUCCCAGGCUGAGGGAGAACUCACGGCUGGAUCCUGCCACUGUAAGCAGGGUUAUGGGGGACAGCAGUGUGACAGGUGUACCUUUGGCUACAGCGGCUACCCCAAAUGUAUCCGCUGUAACUGCAGUCUAGACGGAAGCCGAAACAAGGAUCCGUGCCUGCUGCCCUGUGUCUGCAAGGAAAACGUAGAGGGAGAGAACUGCGACCGCUGCAAACUGGGUUUCUAUCAUCUCCUGGGCGAGCGUCUCCACGGCUGUGAGAAGUGCUACUGUUCCGGCGUGGCGAGUGACUGCUCCGAUUCCCACUGGACAUACCAUAAUGAGACAUCCAUGGCCGGCUGGUCCCUCACAGCAGAGGAUGGGGAGGGGAAGGUGUGGCCCGCCGCCAGCAGAGACAGAGACAGGCCCCAGACACUCAGGAUCGAUAACCAGGAAGCCAGGAGACACCUUCCUGCUAUCUACUACUGGAGCGCACCUGGAGAGUACCUGGGCAACAAGCUCCCAGCCUAUGGAGGAAGUCUUGUCUAUACAGUCUCAUAUGAUGCAGGGGAGAAAGACCAGGACAUCAGGGUUAACUCUUCUCCUAAUGUCAUAAUAGAGGGCGGCGGGAUAAAAAUGAUUGACAGUCGGUUCGGUCUGCCGGUGUACCCUUUCUCGGAAAGCACAAAGAGAACUCUGCUCUACCCUGACCACUUUGAGAAUCAGGAGACAGGCCUGCCUGUCAGCAAGAGAGAUUUCAUGAUGGCUCUAACUAAUGUGAGCAGCCUCCUCAUCAGAGCCUCACACAGCAAUGAGCGGGUCGCCAUCUACAGGCUACAUUCUGUCAGUCUGGAGGUGGCCAGUGAGUUCUCCAGCAGUGAGAAGAUGGCCAAUGCUGUGGAGAUGUGUCAAUGUCCCCCUGGAUACGGUGGAACGUCUUGUGAGAUGUGUUCAUCGGGUCAUCGAAGGGUCAACAGCACCCUGUUCAAAGGAGUGUGUGAACCAUGCGACUGCCAAGGCCAUGCUACAAACUGUGAUGACAUCACUGGACAAUGCUUGGGCUGCACUGACCACACCACAGGAUUCCACUGUGAUGAAUGUAUCCCUGGUUUCUAUGGGGACGCUACCAAGGGAACAGCCAAUGACUGCCUGCCCUGCGCCUGCCCCCUCAAUAUCCCAUCCAACAAUUUCAGCCCCACGUGCCAUGUGGACCCGCGAGGGGAGCUGAUAUGUGACCGAUGCCAGCCGGGGCACACCGGACCACGCUGUGACAGGUGCUCGAAUGGCUACUUUGGUCAGCCGACGGUUAAGGGAGGCUCGUGCCAGCUCUGCCAGUGUAACGGUAACCUGGACCUGGCCUCACCGCGGAGCUGCGACCCCAUCACCGGCUCCUGUCUGAGGUGUCGGGAUGGCUACGGGGGAACCACCUGCGACACCUGCGCCGAGGGGUUCUACGGGGACGCCAUCAAGGCCAAAAACUGCCAACAUUGCCAGUGUCACAACAAUGGCUCUGUGUCGGAGGUCUGCCACCAGGAGAAUGGGCAAUGCCCAUGCAAGCAGCAUGUGGUGGGACGGCAGUGUGACGAGUGCAUGCCCCAGACUUACGGCAUUCAGUCCGCUGGAGUCUGUGCCCCCUGCAACUGUAACUCCUUUGGGUCCAAGUCCUUUGACUGUGACGAGUCGGGCCAGUGCCGGUGCCAACCUGGUGUCACUGGGCCCAAGUGUGACCGAUGCGCUCCGGGACACUUCAACUUCCAGGAGGGUGGCUGCGCACCGUGCCAGUGUGCCCAUGUGGGGAAUAAUUGCGACGCCAACACAGGACAGUGCGUCUGCCCUCCCAACACCGUGGGGGAGAGAUGUGACAAAUGUGCCCCCAAUCACUGGGGUCAUGAUAUCAUGGCGGGCUGCAAGGCCUGUGGCUGUAACCAGGUGGGCUCAGUGACGCAGCAGUGUAACCCCAACACCGGCUGUUGCAUGUGCCGGGACCAGUUCCAGGGAGAGAAGUGCAGCGAGUGUAAACUGGGCUACCGGGACUUCCCACAAUGCAUUUCCUGCAAAUGCAACGUGGCAGGUUCAGACAGCCAGACCUGUGAUGCAGACCAGGAUGUGUGCGCCUGUGCAGACAGGACUGGACAAUGCAGCUGCAAGGUGAAUAUACAGGGUCUGAAGUGUGACCAGUGUAAGUCGAGGACUUUCGGCCUGAGCACAAGCAACCCACUAGGCUGCAGUCAGUGUUACUGCUUUGGUAUGUCCAGCACCUGUACUGAGGCGCAGGGCCUCAUCCGCAUGUGGCUGUCCUUGAAACCAGAGCAGACCAAACUGCCCCUAGUGGACAAAGCCAACCUGCAAGAGACCACAAGCGGAGUGACCUUCCAGCACCCAGAGAUCAUCGCUAAUGCUGACCUGGUCACCCAGAAGCUGACCGAACUCUACUACUGGAGACUGCCUGAACAAUUCCAUGGUUCCAUGAUCACAGCCUAUGGCGGCAAGCUGAAGUAUGCCAUCUACUUUGAGGGGCGUGACGAGACAGGCCGCACCUCCUACGAACCCCAGGUCAUCAUAAAGGGAGGGCCCAACAGAGACAAGGUGAUGGUCCGCCACAUGCAGGGACUGCAGAUUGGACAACUCACCCGGCACGAGAUCGACAUGACAGAGCACGAGUGGAAGUACGAAGACAUGAAGGCCAUGACACGCGAGGACUUCAUGGACGUGCUGUUUUAUGUUGACUACGUCCUCAUCAAGGCUUCCCAUGGGAACAUGAUGAGACACAGCAGGAUCUCUGAGAUUUCUAUGGAGGUGGCAGAGGAGGGAAGGCCGUCCGUGGAGAGUGAGCGGGCCCACCAGAUAGAGAAGUGUGACUGCCCCCUGGGCUACUCCGGCCUGUCCUGUGAGGAAUGUGGGGCCGGGUUUUACCGCCUGUCUGCCCGCAGCGGUGGCGCAGCCUCCAGAGCAGGCAUCGGGAGCUGUGCGCAGUGCCAGUGCAACAGGCACAGUGAGGCCUGUGACCCAGAGACAUCCAUCUGCCAGAACUGCCAGCAUGACACAGAGGGGGACAGGUGUGAACGCUGUGCCCCAGGAUACUAUGGUGUAGUGAGGGGCAGACCUGACGACUGCAAGCCCUGUGCCUGCCCCCUCACCAACCAUGAGAACAAUUUCAGCCCUACCUGUGUAACAGAGGGAUUCAACGACUACCACUGUACUGCCUGCCCUGAGGGCUAUGAGGGAAAGUACUGUGAGAGAUGUGCCACGGGUUACCAUGGCGACCCCCGUGCCCCCGGCGGGAAGUGUGAGGAGUGUAAGUGUGACCCGUACGGGGCGUGGCCCCAACCGUGUGACCCCCAUUCAGGCCAGUGCCACUGCCGGCCCGGGGCCACUGGACGCACCUGCAGCCAGUGCAUGGAGAGGCAUGUGUGUGGGCCCUCUGGGAUUGUGUCCUGCGAUGAUGACUGUGCCGGGCUCCUCAUCAGAGAUAUGGAUAGACUGCAUCGUAUCAUCACCAGUGUCAACCUCACCACCCCUCUGCCACCGCCUUACAAAGUCCUCUACCGGUUUGAGAACAUGACGCAGGAACUCAAGCACAUGCUCUCGCCACAGAAUUCGCCGGAGAGGCGCCUGCAGCUGGCCGACAGUAACCUGGGCAGCCUGGUGACAGAGAUGGACGAUCUGCUGAGUCGGGCGACCAAAGUGUCGGCAGACGGCGAGCAAACAGGUGACGAUGCUAAUAGAAUCCACAAACGAGCUGAAGACCUGGAACUUUUCGUCAAGAACACCCUACUGGCUGCAGAAGUUCUGAAGGUCAAGGCUAAAGAGCUGAAUGAGACUCUGGGCAGGAGGAACGGAGCUUCAGAGAAGAGCCUAAAUGAGAUGCACCAAGAGAUUGAGACCAUGUUAGCCGAGCUCCGCAAACGCCAGCUGGGAGGCAAGAAGCACAUCUCAGAGGAGGAGCUGGGACUGGCGGAGGCCCUGUACCAGAAGGUGAAGCGUCUCUUCGGGGACCCCCACCAGGCCACGGAGGACCUGAAGGCAGAGGUGACAGAGAAGAUGGGUGACCACCGGGCCAAGCUGGAUGACGCCCAGGCCCUGAUGAAGGACGCCCAGGGGAAGAGCAAGGAGGCUGGGGCCCUGUCCGGACAGAACCUGCGGAACCUCACCACCCUGGAAAGGAAGAGGGAUGCUGUGAGCUCAGUGAAGAAAGGAACUGAAGACGUGCUGGCAGACGGAGAGCGCAUUCUGGCUGAAGCUAAUGGUCUCUCAGACAGCAUCAAUAAAGAGAUUGAGGAUCUGGAGGAGAUGGAGCAGGAGCUGGGUCCUCUCCAUGAGCAGCUGGACUACAGGGUGAGCCGUCUGACCCAGGGCCUGAGUGGCAACACCCUGACUGACCUGCUGCAGGACGCUGAGAACCAUGCUGCUGAGCUCAACGAGUCCUCAAACAUACUGGACCGCAUCCUGGCGGAAGCCAAGAACCUGUCCUUUAAUGCCACGGCAGCGUUCAACGCGUACAGCAACAUCAAGGACUUCAUCGAGGAGGCUGACAAGGAGGCAAAGCAGGCCAGGGCACGUGGGACAGAGGCCCUUCAGCUGGCAUCAGGACCCAAAGGCUCUUUGAAGGAUAACGCCAAGAACUCUGUUCGGAAGAGCGCUCAACUGUGGAACGAAGCCAAGCAGUUAGAGAACGAUGUGAAAGAGAACGCUGAGAGUGUGGGCAGUCUCCAGGCCAGGGUGAAAGCCGGCGGCUUGAAGAACAAGGGCUUGCUCAAGGAUCUGGACGAUACGCUACGGAAGCUGAAUGCAAUCCCCAAUGAUACCGCAGCCAAGCUCCAGGCCACCAAGGCCAAGGCAGGAGAUGCCAACGACACAGCCAACGAUGUUCUGGCCAGACUGAGAGACAUGAACCUGAGCCUGAUGGGCCUGAAGAAGAACUACAGCAAGCUGGAGGAUGACGUCAACAAGGCCAACAACAUGAUCCAGGACCCUGAAAAAAACACAAUAAUCCAUGCAGCGGGGGCCAAGGUGAAAGACCUGGAGGACGAGGCAGACCGACUGCUGGAUAAGCUGAAGCCCAUCAAGGAGUUGCAGGACAACUUGAAGAGGAACAUCUCUCAGAUUAAAGAGUUGAUCAACCAGGCACGCAAGCAGGCCAACUCCAUUAAGGUGUCUGUGUCCUCCGGGGGAAACUGUAUCCGUGCUUAUCGACCAGAAAUCAAGAAAGGUCGUUACAACACCAUCACUGUGAAUGUGAAAACCACCUCCCCUGACAACCUACUCUUCUACCUGGGCAGUGCCAAAUACAUUGACUUCCUGGCCAUUGAGAUGCGCAAGGGCAAGGUCAACUUCCUGUGGGACGUGGGCUCUGGAGUGGGCAAGGUUGAGUACCCUGACAUGACUAUCAACGACGGCAACUGGCAUCGCAUCGAGGCCUCACGGAAUGGUAUCAAUGGCACUAUCUCUGUCCAUGCACUGGAGGGUCCCAAAGCUGGCAUCAUGCCCACCUCUAAGAGUGGCACUUCUCCUGAGGGCUAUACUAUCCUGGAUGUGGACCAGAAUGCCUACCUGUUUGUCGGUGGCAUGUUGGGCAGUGUGAAGAAAGCGGACGCGGUCAAAACUACUACUUUCUCCGGGUGUAUGGGAGAGACAUACCUGGACAACAAACCUAUUGGCCUGUGGAACUACAGAGAGAGAGAAGGAGACUGCAAAGGAUGUGUGGUUAGCCCCCAGCCGUCAGACACAGAGGGGACGGUACAGUUUGAUGGGGAGGGCUAUGCUGCUGUGAGCCGGCCCACCAGAUGGAACCCCAACAUCUCCACCGUCAUGUUCAAGUUCCGCUCCUUCUCCACCGACUCCCUGCUCAUGUACUUCGCCACCAAGGAUACGAAGGACUUCAUGAGUGCUGAGUUGAGUGAUGGUCUAGUGAAGGUGAGUUUUGACCUGGGCUCAGGCACCGGCUCAGUGCUCAGUAUCAAGAGACACAACGACGGCAGGUGGAAGUCCUUCACUAUGGCCCGCAUGAAGAAGCAAGCCACGGUGACCAUCGUGGACAUAGACACCAAUGAAGAGGAGAAGCUGGUGGUGUCAUCCCAAGGCUCUGCCACCGGGCUCAACCUCAAGGAGGAGGAGAGGAUUUACUUCGGGGGUUUGCCAACCAUUGGAAACUACAGGUCAGAGGUUACCAAGAAGAGGUAUGCUGGCUGUAUGAGAGACAUUGAGGUUUCCAGAACACCCUAUAACCUGCUGAGCAGCUCCGACUACACCGGGCUGACCAAAGGCUGCGCUGUGGAGAACCUCCACACAGUGAGCUUCUCCAAACCAGGUCACAUGGAGCUGAGGUCCAAGCCCUUCGACGUCGGCACAGAGAUCAGCCUGUCCUUCGCAACCAAGAGCGACAAGGGAAUCAUUCUGUUUGGCAGUGGGAGCACCAAUGGAGCCAGUUCCCAGAUCCAACUCCCCAAGAGGAGACGCAGGCAGUCUGGGGAACCCUUCCUGGCCGUGUUGCUGAACAAGGGGUCCCUGGAGGUGUUGGUGUUCACAGGCAGCCACAGCCCACGUAGGGUGGUCCGCAAGCCUGACCAGGGCAUCCUGCACGACGGGAGAGAACACACACUGCGCAUCGAGAGACUGGGCGGCAGGUCGUUUGCCGUCCAGGUGGACGAGGAGCUGAAGAGGGAGCAGGCCCUUCCCAACGACCAACCCAUGGGCAUCAAGAGACUGUUCAUCGGGGGUAUCCCCCCUGAUGUAGAGCUCAGCUCCCAGAGACCCAACGACCCCUUCGAAGGCUGCAUCUGGAACCUCAUGAUCAAUACUAUCCUCGCAGACUUCUCCCAGCCCGUGGCUUUUAAGAACGCAGAGAUCGGCCAGUGUCCCGACCUGGCUCCUCCCCCUCCCCUGCUGCCCCUCCCAGAAGAAGAGGAGGAGGAGGAGGGGACCAAGGGAGAAGACGUGUCCCAGCCGCUCCAACCUGAGGCUCCUGCUGUACCACCACCCACCCCGACACCCAGACAGACCCCUCCACCUUCCACUGACCCGGCCCCUGUCGUACCUCCAGAGCUCAGCCCCACCACAGAGGAACCUGACCACGGUGCUGUCACAGUCCCACCGCUUUCCUGUGCUGCCGAGGCAUCUCCAGUGGUCUUAGAGAAAGCCAAACAGUUUGGGCUCUCCAAAAACAGCCAUGUUGCAUUUGAAUUCGAUGACACCAAGGUUAAGAACAGACUGAUCAUAGAGUUUGAGCUGCGGACCACAGCAGAGUCCGGCCUGGUGUUCUACAUGGCGAGGAUCAACCACGCCGACUUCGCCACCGUCCAGGUGAAGGAGGGCAUGGCCCACCUCGGCUACGACCUGGGCCACGGCAACACCUCGGUCAGCGUGCCACGCAUCAUCAACGACGGACACUGGCACAAGAUCCGGGUGAUGAGAGAGAAACAGAGAGGUAUACUGGUGAUAGACAACCGCUACUCCAAGCACACCACCAGCCCCAAGAAGGCUGACAUCCUGGAUGUGGUUGGCAUGCUGUACAUAGGUGGCCUGCCCGUCAACUACACCACCAAGAGGAUCGGACCAGUCUUGUACAGUAUCAAUGGCUGCAUCAGGAAUUUCAAGAUGCUGAGUAAUGUGUUGGACAUGGACGUGCCCACCUCCAGCCACCACGUGGGCAGCUGUUUCAUCAGCACUGAGAAGGGAACCUACUUUGAUGGCUCUGGAUAUGUCAAAGCAGUGGGUUCCUACAGGGUGGGUCUAGACGUGUCUCUGGAGCUGGAGUUCCGUACGUCCCAGAGCAACGGGGUUCUGCUGGCGGUCAGCAGCCAGGUGGACACCAAGAUGGAGGGCCUGGGCAUCGAACUGCACAACGGAAAGCUGCUGUUCCACGUGGACAACGGAGCGGGCCGGAUCACAGCGGAGUACCAGCCUGAAGUAGAGGCAGGCCUCUGUGACGGUCAGUGGCACUCGGUCACAGCCCACAAGCUUCGCCACAGGCUGGAGAUCAUAGUGGACGGCAGGAAGGAGGAAGCAGAGAGCCCCAACGCCAGGUCCAACACCGCUGACACCAACGACCCCAUCUACGUCGGUGGAUACCCAGAGGGGCUCAAGCAGUUUGGCCUGACUUCCAGCACUUCAUUCAAAGGCUGCAUGCGCAACCUGAAGAUAACCAAGGCAUCCAAGGUGUUGGAGGUUCAAUUCAACAAGGGCCUGGAGUUCAAGGGGGUUCAACCCCUCACUUGCCCAGCCAAUGCAGCCUAAACACGGACUACCAAAGCCUGUCGCUGCCUGAAGCACAGCAGCAGCACCAAAACACAUGGAAACACAAUUUACCGGACUGUAACCUCUCCCUCAUGCUAAAUCAGAUGGCCAACCAGCUUUAUACCCAGAGUUUGGAUAGCUUUUUUAGAGUGUGAAGUAUCUCGACCCCCUCCAAAGUGAGUGGAACCUGUAGGAUGACAUAGUAGUCAGCCAUGAUUCAUUUAGAGAACUAUGGAUCACCUUCUGUUCUACUGUAUGGCUUAAGCCCCAUGUCUGUCUAAACUACAUGGUGAUUUAGCAUACCGUAUGCAUGGUGUGGUGGGAAUUUGUACUGUUUAACAACAGGCAGCAUUUUCAAAUAUAUGCUUUGAAGGCAUUCAAAUCAUUUUCUCGUCUUUUAUUACAAUGUCAAACCAUGACUUUUAACUUACACUCGGGAUCUUGAGGAUUGCCACAUGUUGUCAUCUGAUUCAUUUCCAAAAGAUUCAUUUAGCAACAUUUCUGCCUUAGUCUGCCGCUCUGCCUAACCUUCUAGAAACAGAGGAACACUUACUAUCAAUCUGGUACACACACACAUUUUAUUAUAAAUUAUUUUACAGUAGGCUAUGUCUAUUAUCUUUGCAGCAAACUGAACUGGACUCAAAUGGGAAGAAUUGUGAAAAUAAAAUGCUAAGCAACAGA